AUGUCAUUCAUAGGUAUGUGUUCAUAUUACAGAAAACACGUAAAAGAUUUUGCGAAAAUAGCUCACCCACUCACUGAAUUGACUAAGGGGGACACUAAAAAAAUUAUAUGGAACGAUGAACAUGAACAAUCCUUUAAUCAGUUAAAACACAUUUUAACUUCUAAACCAGUACUAAACCAUUUUAAUGACGAAAAAGAAGUUUACNGUAUGUGUUCAUAUUACAGAAAACACGUAAAAGAUUUUGCGAAUAUAGCUCACCCACUCACUGAAUUGACUAAGGGGGACACUAAAAAAAUUAUAUGGAACGAUGAACACGAAAAAUCCUUUAAUCAGUUAAAACACAUUUUAACUUCUAAACCAGUACUAAACCAUUUUAAUGACGAAAAAGAAGUUUACUUAACUAUAGACGCUUCGUUAUUAGGUGUAGGAGCUUGCCUUGAACAAUGCGAUAAAAAUAACAUACUACAUCCAAUUGGAUACGCCUCUAGAAAACUAUUGAAUAACGAAAAAACUUACUCGUCCACAACAUUAGAACUAUUAGGACUAUGUUUCGGCAUUACAUACUUUCGGGAAUACUUAUGGGGAAGACAUUUUGUUAGAUUUCAAUUUCGAAAUAAUCUACAAAAAAGGAAAGGAAAACAGAGUCGCUGACGCUCUUUCUAGAAACCCCAUCAAUAAAAUUGAUAUUAAAACUGAUAAUGAUAAUUUAAAUAUUGACUUAGCAAAUAUAAAAAGCCAACAAAAUAAUGACCAAUUUUGUUCCCAAAUUAUAAAAUCAAUCAACAACAUUCAAGUUGAUCAAAUCCCAAUUGAUAUUAAAAGGAAAUCGAGACAAUUUUUGAUAAUAAACGACAUAUUACAUCACAAACACUUUAAAUCUCCAAAUAAUAUCAAUUAUCCAUUAGUAAUCCCACAAUCACUGAUAAACAAAAUAUUAAAGUCAUAUCACGAAUCACCCAUUGAAGGUCAUACGGGUAUAUCACGCACUAUUCACAAAAUACUAUUAGCCAACAUUAGUUCAUGACCCAAGUACAUAAAAUCAUGCCACAGCUGCCAAAUAAACAAAAAAUUAAACGGGAAACCCAUAGGACAACUAAAUCCAAUACCCCUUUCAAACAGACCCCUAGAUAAACUAACUUUCGAUUACUUAGGUCCGCUCACAUCAAGCAAUAGCAAAAAAUACGUCUUAGUGGCAGCAUGCAAUAACACAAAAUUUAUUUUCACAAAAGCUGUUGAGUCAGCCACAGCACAUUCAACCAUAAACUUUAUUAUUCAAAUAAUAUCACAAUGGGGCUGUUUCCGAUAAUUUUCAUCUGAUAGAGGUACACACUUUAGAAAUCAAUUAGUGAGCGAAGUAUGCAGUAACUUGGGAAUAAAACAAAUAUUAUCAACCAGUUACUCCCCACAAACGCAAGGAUUUGUUGAAAAAAUAAAUGGUGUAUUAUGCAAUGCUCUAAAAAAUUACAUAGACUUAAUAACCAAUCAAGAUGGUCAUAUUAUUUACCAUACGUUACGUUAAGUUCCAACGCCACACCACAAACUAGCACUAAAUACAGUCCUUUUUACUUAAUGCACGGUUUUGAACCUUAUUUUCNAACAGUUUAAUGACGAAAAAGAAGUUUACCUAACUAUAGACGCUUCGUUAUUAGGUGUAGGAGCUUGCCUUGAACAAUGCGAUAAAAAUAACAUACUACAUCCAAUUGGAUACGCCUCUAUAAAACUAUUAAAAAAGGAAAAAACUUACUCGUCCACAACAUUAGAACUAUUAGGACUAUGUUUCGGCAUUACAUACUUUCGGGAAUACUUAUGGGGAAGACAUUUUACUGUAUUUUGUGACAAUAUCAGCUUACAAUACUACACAAACUUGAAAAUAUCAUCGGCUAGAAUAGCUCAAUUAACUCUAAAAUUGUUAGAUUUCAAUUUCGAAAUAAUCUACAAAAAAGGAAAGGAAAACAGAGUCGAUGACGCUCUUUCUAGAAACCCCAUCAAUAAAAUUGAUAUUAAAACUGAUAAUGAUAAUUUAAAUAUUGACUUAGCAGAUAUAAAAAGCCAACAAAAUAAUGACCAAUUUUGUUCCCAAAUUAUAAAAUCAAUCAACAACAUUCAAAUUGAUCAAAUCCCAAUUAAUAUUAAAAGAAAAUCUAGNAAUAAUCUACAAAAAAGAAAGGAGAACAGAGUCGCUGACGCUCUUUCCAGAAACCCCAUUAAUAAAAUUGAUAUUCAAAUUUAUAAUGAUAACUUAAAUAUUGACUUAGCGGAUAAUGAUAACUUAAAUAUUGACUUAGCGGAUACAUUAAUAAAAUUGAUAUUCAAAUUUAUAAUGAUAACUUAA